AUGGAAUAUUGUUCAGUAGACCUGAAACUAAAAUUAUACGCUGCUGCGAUACAGAAUGCACACAUCUUGGCAGGUGAAAUGGAUUUAGCUAACUUGCAGCUGGCAUUCAAAAUGACAUCCGAGUUGCAACAACGUGUUAUUGAUUUAAUGCGCAAACAAGAAAGACAUCUUAAAAAUUUGGAAGCCUUUAUGAAUAUAAAGAAAGAAGACACAUAUCCAGCAGGUGUUAUGGAAAUAGAUAAAGAAGUCUCGCAGAGUAUGGAGACAGAUAUGGAUGCACGACAUAACCAUUACGAUGAAAGUCAAAACAGUGAAGUUAUAGGCAGUGAAAAUAUUGAAAAUGGGGAGGCAAUAAAUGACAAUCAGCAUUUGUGUGAACUGUCAAACCAUGUAGUCAAUAAUACAGUACCUACUAACAGUCAGACGAGUAGUAUAUGUGAAACGCUUACACCAAGUACUUCCACCUCAGAGGAAGCAUGGAAACCAUUAAGUCAGAAACACAAAUUGAGAUCUAUAGAAUCCCUUUGUGAAGUUAUGCUUCUUGAUGGUAUUCCUAUACCUUUCACCAAUGAAAACACGGAUUGUGUUGCCUGUAAACUAAGAAAUCACGUGCAAACUGAAACGUCAAAUGAUAAGCUGGAUAACCGACGUCGUAAGCGAGGAAGACGACAAAGAAAUAAAAAUACCAGGGAUGAUGAAACAUCUACAAGCAGUAAAGGAGAAGAAGUGGAUGCUGAUUCUAAAAAUGAUCCUUUCGCAUCGCAUCCAUUAGUGAAACUUCAAGCAAAACGACGACAAUGCCUAAGUAGUAUCCAUAGUAUACACAGUCGACCCACCCUGCUACAAAUGUUGUUGGCAGAAGAUAUUCGCAAAGAACGUAAUCAACUUAUGCAGUGUAUACGGUAUAUUGUGAACGAAAAUUUUUUCCAAGAAUAA